AUGAAGGCGACGGAAUCUUUGGGACUGAAGCUGAAACCUCUGUCACACGAGCAAAGCAUUCUCCCGACACCUGAAGAACAAACGAGAUCACGGCAGCCAAAUCUGGACUCGUGCGGACCCUUCCAACAGCAGUUUAUAGAGGAGGAACCAGAGCAGGAACCAGAGGAGGAACCAGAGGAGGAACCAGAGGAGGAACCAGAGCAGGAACCAGAGGAGGAACCAGAGCAGGAACCAGAGGAGGAACCAGAGGAGGAACCAGAGGAGGAACCAGAGGAGGAACCAGAGCAGGAACCAGAGGAGGAACCAGAGGAGGAACCAGAGCAGGAACAAGAGGAGGAACCAGAGGAGGAACCAGAGGAGGACCAGAGGAGGAACCAGGAACCAGAGCAGGAACCAGAGCAGGAACCAGAGCAGGAACCAGAGGAGGAACCAGAGGAGGAACCAGAGGAGGAACCAGAGCAGGAACCAGAGGAGGAACCAGAGGAGGAACCAGAGGAGGAACCAGAGCAGGAACCAGAGGAGGAACCAGAGCAGGAACCAGAGGAGGAACCAGAGGAGGAACCAGAGGAGGAACCAGAGGAGGAACCAGAGGAGGAACCAGAGCAGGAACCAGAGGAGGAACCAGAGGAGGAACCAGAGCAGGAACCAGAGGAGGAACCAGAGGAGGAACCAGAGGAGGACCCAGAGGAGGAACCAGAGCAGGAACCAGAAGAGGAACCAGAGGAGGAACCAGAGCAGGAACCAGAGCAGGAACCAGAGGAGGAACCAGAGGAGGAACCAGAGGAGGAACCAGAGGAGGACCCAGAGGAGGAACCAGAGCAGGAACCAGAGGAGGAACCAGAGGAGGAACCAGAGCAGGAACCAGAGGAGGAACCAGAGGAGGAACCAGAGGAGGAACCAGAGGAGGAACCAGAGGAGGAACCAGAGGAGGAACCAGAGGAGGAACCAGAGGAACAGAACCAGAGGAGGAACCAGAGCAGGAACCAGAGGAGGAACCAGAGGAGGAACCAGAGGAGGAACCAGAGGAGGAACCAGAGGAGGAACCAGAGGAGGAACCAGAGGAGGAACCAGAGCAGGAACCAGAGCAGGAACCAGAGGAGGAACCAGAGGAGGAACCAGAGCAGGAACAAGAGGAGGAACCAGAGGAGGAACCAGAGCAGGAACCAGAGGAGGAACCAGAGGAGGAACCAGAGCAGGAACCAGAGGAGGAACCAGAGCAGGAACCAGAGGAGGAACCAGAGCAGGAACCAGAGGAGGAACCAGAGCAGGAACCAGAAGAGGAACCAGAGCAGGAACCAGAGGAGGAACCAGAGCAGGAACCAGAGGAGGAACCAGAGGAGGAACCAGAGGAGGAACCAGAGGAGGAACCAGAGCAGGAACCAGAGGAGGAACCAGAGGAGGAACCAGAGCAGGAACCAGAGCAGGAACCAGAGCAGGAACCAGAGGAGGAACCAGAGCAGGAACCAGAGGAGGAACCAGAGGAGGAACCAGAGCAGGAACCAGAGCAGGAACCAGAGGAGGAACCAGAGGAGGAACCAGAGCAGGAACCAGAGGAGGAACCAGAGCAGGAACCAGAGGAGGAACCAGAGGAGGAAACCAGAGGAGGAACCAGAGGAGGAACCAGAGCAGGAACCAGAGGAGGAACCAGAGGAGGAACCAGAGGAGGAACCAGAGGAGGAACCAGAGCAGGAACCAGAGGAGGAACCAGAGGAGGAACCAGAGGAGGAACCAGAGGAGGAACCAGAGCAGGAACCAGAGGAGGAACCAGAGGAGGAACCAGAGCAGGAACCAGAGGAGGAACCAGAGGAGGAACCAGAGGAGGACCCAGAGGAGGAACCAGAGCAGGAACCAGAAGAGGAACCAGAGGAGGAACCAGAGGAGGAACCAGAGGAGGAACCAGAGCAGGAACCAGAGGAGGAACCAGAGGAGGAACCAGAGGAGGAACCAGAGGAGGAACCAGAGGAGGAACCAGAGCAGGAACCAGAGGAGGAACCAGAGGAGGAACCAGAGCAGGAACCAGAGGAGGAACCAGAGGAGGAACCAGAGCAGGAACCAGAGGAGGAACCAGAGCAGGAACCAGAGGAGGAACCAGAGGAGGAACCAGAGGAGGAACCAGAGGAGGAACCAGAGCAGGAACCAGAGGAGGAACCAGAGGAGGAACCAGAGGAGGAACCAGAGGAGGAACCAGAGCAGGAACCAGAGGAGGAACCAGAGGAGGAACCAGAGGAGGAACCAGAGCAGGAAACCAGAGGAGGAACCAGAGGAGGAACCAGAGCAGGAACCAGAGGAGGAACCAGAGGAGGAACCAGAGGAGGACCCAGAGGAGGAACCAGAGCAGGAACCCAGAAGAGGAACCAGAGGAGGAACCAGAGCAGGAACCAGAGCAGGAACCAGAGGAGGAACCAGAGGAGGAACCAGAGGAGGAACCAGAGGAGGAACCAGAACCAGAGCAGGAACCAGAGGAGGAACCAGAGGAGGAACCAGAGCAGGAACCAGAGGAGGAACCAGAGGAGGAACCAGAAGGAACCAGAGGAGGAACCAGAGCAGGAACCAGAGGAGGAACCAGAGGAGGAACCAGAGCAGGAACAAGAGGAGGAACCAGAGGAGGAACCAGAGGAGGACCCAGAGGAGGAACCAGAGCAGGAACCAGAGCAGGAACCAGAGCAGGAACCAGAGGAGGAACCAGAGGAGGAACCAGAGCAGGAACCAGAGCAGGAACCAGAGGAGGAACCAGAGGAGGAACCAGAGGAGGAACCAGAGGAGGAACCAGAGCAGGAACCAGAGGAGGAACCAGAGGAGGAACCAGAGGAGGAACCAGAGGAGGAACCAGAGCAGGAACCAGAGGAGGAACCAGAGGAGGAACCAGAGCAGGAACCAGAGGAGGAACCAGAGCAGGAACCAGAGGAGGAACCAGAGGAGGAACCAGAGGAGGAACCAGAGCAGGAACCAGAGGAGGAACCAGAGCAGGAACCAGAGGAGGAACCAGAGGAGGAACCAGAGGAGGAACCAGAGCAGGAACCAGAGGAGGAACCAGAGGAGGAACCAGAGCAGGAACCAGAGGAGGAACCAGAGGAGGAACCAGAGGAGGACCCAGAGGAGGAACCAGAGCAGGAACCAGAAGAGGAACCAGAGGAGGAACCAGAGCAGGAACCAGAGCAGGAACCAGAGGAGGAACCAGAGGAGGAACCAGAGGAGGAACCAGAGGAGGAACCAGAGGAGGACCCAGAGGAGGAACCAGAGCAGGAACCAGAGGAGGAACCAGAGGAGGAACCAGAGCAGGAACCAGAGGAGGAACCAGAGGAGGAACCAGAAGGAGGACCAGAGGAGGAACCAGAGCAGGAACCAGAGGAGGAACCAGAGGAGGAACCAGAGCAGGAACCAGAGGAGGAACCAGAGGAGGAACCAGAGGAGGAACCAGAGGAGGAACCAGAGGAGGAACCAGAGGAGGAACCAGAGCAGGAACCAGAGGAGGAACCAGAGGAGGAACCAGAGGAGGAACCAGAGCAGGAACCAGAGGAGGAACCAGAGGAGGAACCAGAGGAGGAACCAGAGGAGGAACCAGAGGAGGAACCAGAGGAGGAACCAGAGCAGGAACCAGAGGAGGAACCAGAGGAGGAACCAGAGCAGGAACAAGAGGAGGAACCAGAGGAGGAACCAGAGCAGGAACCAGAGGAGGAACCAGAGGAGGAACCAGAGCAGGAACCAGAGGAGGAACCAGAGCAGGAACCAGAGGAGGAACCAGAGCAGGAACCAGAGGAGGAACCAGAGCAGGAACCAGAAGAGGAACCAGAGCAGGAACCAGAGGAGGAACCAGAGCAGGAACCAGAGGAGGAACCAGAGGAGGAACCAGAGGAGGAACCAGAGGAGGAACCAGAGCAGGAACCAGAGCAGGAACCAGAGGAGGAACCAGAGGAGGAACCAGAGGAGGACCCAGAGGAGGAACCACAGGAGGAACCAGAGGAGGAACCAGAGGAGGACCCAGAGGAGGAACCAGAGCAGGAACCAGAGCAGGAACCAGAGGAGGAACCAGAGGAAGAACCAGAGCAGGAACCAGAGGAGGAACCAGAGCAGGAACCAGAGGAGGAACCAGAGCAGGAACCAGAAGAGGAACGAGAGCAGGAACCAGAGGAGGAACCAGAGCAGGAACCAGAGGAGGAACCAGAGCAGGAACCAGAGGAGGAACCAGAGGAGGAACCAGAGCAGGAACCAGAAGAGGAACCAGAGCAGGAACCAGAGCAGGAACCAGAGGAGGAAUCACAGAAGAACAUAAUGUACGUAAAACAAACUGAGGUUUUGGAAAUGCCGUUGUCCCAGACGACCAAUGAGCUUCACUGUGGCAUCAUCUUUUCCCAUUCUUAA